CUCCGCGCCGCUCUGUGCCUCCUCUCCCUAAAAGUGGACCUCAAACUCCAAAAUCUCGACUUCUGGGACAGCCUCCAUGGCCAGGUCCCAGGACUGCUGGACUGGGACAUGGGGAAUGAGUCCUUUCUGGCCUUUACCACGGCGCACCUGCCCCUGACGGAGCAGAACCUUGCCAGAUACAAACUUCGAAUAGUUGAACCGCCAAAACUACCUUUGGAAAAAAAACCCAAUGCGGAUGAAGACGGUCCAGAUAUUGAGCCCAACCUGUGGAUGUGGGUGAACCCCAAUGUGGUGUAUCCCCCCGGCAAGCUGGAGGUUACAGAAUCUAAGAAAGGAGAGGAUCUGAUGAGCGAGCCCCCAUCCCCUCAGGCACCCCCAAAGGAGGAGGAUGCCAGCUACUCAGAGGUCGCCAGGGCAGAGUCAUCGCUGCAUUCCUCCAGUGAGCAGUCUCCGCCCCGGAAGCAGUUCGCUUCUUCCCCCAGCAACUGGGAGCUCCCAGAAGAGGAGGAGGCUAAGGACCAGGAUGACAGCUCCUCUGUGGCUCUCCCGUCCCCUCACACAAGGGCCCCCCUCCAGAGUCGGAGGCUUCGGCAAGCCAUCAGCCCGGAGGGGAGGCUCUGGUCCCGGCCCCCUCUCAAUUACUUCCACCUAAUUGCCCUGGCACUAAGAAACAGUCCCCCCUGUGGCCUCAACGUGCAGCAGAUCUACAGUUUCACUCGACAACACUUCCCCUUUUUCCGGACGGCUCCAGAAGGCUGGAAGAAUACUGUCCGUCACAAUCUCUGUUUUCGAGACAGCUUUGAGAAAGUGCCGGUCAGUAUGCAGGGUGAGGCCAGCACCCGGCCUCGAUCCUGCCUCUGGAAGUUGACUGAGGAGGGACACCGCCGCUUUGCAGAGGAGGCCCGUGCCUUGGCUUCUACUCGGCUGGAAAGUAUCCAACAGUGCAUGAGCCAGCCAGAUGUGAUGCCCUUUCUCUUUGACCUUGAACUCUAAGAAGCAAGAGUCAGCCAUGCUCUAUUAAAGUUUCUUUCAGCA